CAUUCGCAUUCGUCCACGCGCGCACACGGACGGACGAGUGUUCAUCACGUUCUUCGCGGAGGCACGCAAUCAACUCCGCCACGUACCUACACAUACACAAUAUUUUAUAUGUGUAUAUAAUCGUAUUCUUCCGCCACAGCAGCAGGAGCAGCCGCCGCCGCCAACAAUAACGUCCCGUCGAUCACGCACGCCGGUCGUCCACAUAAUAAUAAAAUACUUCUCCGCCACCGCCGCGCGUGUGUGUGUGCGUGUGCGUGUCCCGUGUGCUCUCGCCGCCGCCACCGUCGUCGUCGCGGUCGUCUAGCCGGACUUUACUCGCUCGACGUCAUCUCACCACUACACAUCAUCCGUUACCACUACCACCACAAUCGUCGCCGCCGCCACAACAACCGCCACCACCACCACCACCACCACCUCCACCACCGCCACUACCUUCGCCGCAACCGCCACCAUCGCCACUACCGCCACCAUAUAUCCUCCGCUGCUGUAACCACCAUCAUAACCGUCACCACCACCACCGCUGCCUAAACCCAUCCUCUCGAGUACCCGACGGAUGGCUAGCGGCCACCAAACGUAACAGCAGCCAAAAUUCUUGUUCCCGUCAGAUCACUGUAGACGAUACUCCGCUGCCGAAGCUCAUCGCGACCCAACCGGUUCCAGGUCAUUUAGGGUAAAUCUGCUGCCGUCGCUACCAUCACCACCAUCACCACCACUACCACUACCAAGAUAACCACCUCCACAACUACUGACACCGGAACCGCUAUCACUCGCCCGAUCAACCACUACAGCACCACUCAGCGUACACGCAAUCGGACGCUACAAACCAACAGUCAAUCAAAGUAACUCGAAUAAUCAAGGAUUACAGGGAUUUCAACGAAAGGACCAAAUGGACGCCAAAUCGAAAGAUGACUCCAACAUCAGCCUUACACUUCGGCUAAUAAUGCAAGGAAAGGAAGUUGGUAGUAUAAUAGGGAAAAAAGGAGAGAUUGUCAAGCGGUUCAGAGAAGAGUCUGGUGCCAAAAUCAAUAUAUCUGAUGGCUCUUGUCCUGAAAGAAUAGUGACCAUAUCAGGAUCUACUGAAGCCAUUUACAAAGCAUUUUCUUUAAUAUGCACAAAAGUUGAAGAGUUUAUUGAAAUGCAAAAUGGGAAAACUGGUGCAACAGCGAUCGGAAAAUGUGGUAUGACCCUUCGGUUGAUUGUUCCAGCAUCACAGUGUGGAUCUUUAAUUGGGAAGGGUGGUAAUAAAAUCAAAGAAAUUAGAGAAGCUACAGGAGCACAGAUACAAGUGGCCUCAGAUGUGCUUCCUCAAUCUACAGAAAGAGCUGUUACAUUAACUGGUACGAGGGACUCAAUAACGCAGUGUAUAUUUCACAUUUGUGCAGUUAUGGUGGAAUCACCUCCUAAAGGCGUAACAAUACCGUAUCGUGCUAAACCUCAGAUGGGUGCACCAGUUAUACUGGCUGGAGGACAAGCAUUUACUCUAGCAAGUGCAGGAUCUGCAGCUGGUUGUGAUGUGGGCACCAUGAUGGUAGGCGGUGGGCCAUAUAACGCUCCAAUGCUUAUGGUUCCUCCAUCGCCUGGUGCAGCAGCAAGUCUAGGCUUGAUUGAUCCACUGGAUUAUCCCUUGCUUAAAAAUGCAUUUGGACCUUCACAAUUGGGAAAAUUGACCGGAAAUCCGUUAGCUGGUCUUGCGGCACUUGGACUUGGAAGCUUGGGAGGACCUGCGAAUUCAUUUAAUCCAGCUGCAUUAGCGGCAUUAGCUGGCAGCCAGUUAAGAUCUAAUGGUUCUGGAGCCAAUAUUAACAAUAGAUCUGGAGGCGGUCAACAAACUCACGAAAUGACGGUACCAAAUGACUUAAUUGGCUGCAUCAUUGGAAAGGGAGGAACUAAAAUCGCUGAAAUUAGGCAAAUCAGUGGAGCGAUGAUACGAAUCUCAAACUGUGAAGACCGCGAAGGAAGUGCAAGCACGGACAGGACCAUAACAAUAACUGGAAAUCCCGACUCCGUAGCUUUAGCACAGUACUUAAUCAAUAUGAGCUUGGACAUACAGCGCGCCUCGAUGUUGCAAUCGGAAAUCCAACACCACCACCAUCAUCACCUCCUUCACCACCAACAGCAGCAGCAGCAGCAGCAGCAGCAGCAGCAGCAACAACAACAACAGCAGCAGCAGCAGCAGCAACAGCAACAGCAGCAUCAACAGCAACAGCUAGUAUUGCAGCCACACCAGUAUCCGUUCCCUAUUCACCACAUGCUCGUCACAUGCAACACCACGAACACCACCACCACCUCGGCCACGAACGCCCACCAGACCGCCAACCCAUUGCCAGCCACCCACCCGCACCACCAACAGCAGUACACGACCGCCGCUGACAUAUUACCCGUCCAGCACCAUUUCCACGGCCCCGCGGUAGCCGCACUGCUAUCUCCUCAGCCGGCCGUUGCCAAACACAAAACCGACCGCAUCAAGUUCACUCCGUACUGAUAUAACAUUAAAAUAUACAAACAAACCCAUUUCUGACCACAGUUUUAGGCGUAUGUAUUAUAACAUUAUAGUAAACAAUAUACAAUGUAGCAUAUCUUCGUAACAAUACAUACGAGAAGUAACUUUUUGUCCGUGAACUGCGACUACCGUCAAAAUACUGUAACCUAUAUGAUAGCGUGGUCCCAAUUUCGUGGACUGAUUGAUGUCCACUGCAAAUCACUGAACUUAAAAAGAACAUAAACUAUCGAAUCUGUCCGAAAAUAGUAUACCAGACGAUUACAACAAUGGCAGCCGAUCACAUAACCUCGAAUAUCCUCUAACAUCCAUGACCUUGUAAACAAACACUAGUAGAUUUCGUAAAGGGGCCUGGAACUGUAGGUACCUACUGAAAAUAAUCGGUUAUGGAACGAAAAUCCUCUGAAAAUGUUGAAAACUAAACCUCACUGGAACCCUCAUAUUUUAUACCUACCUAUUUUAGAAACCGAAGAAAUCAUUAAAUUGCCAGUCUCUGUUUUGUUCUUAAUUCACAAGACUGUAGUUGCUAGGGGUGGAACGGGAUCAGUUUCUAGACACAAUUGAGACGUACUGGCCAUAUUUUCACCGUAUACACGUAUAAUUGUUGAAUAAAAAGUGUGUCUCUAGGGGAAUCGUCACUUGCGUAUCGUAUAGUUACUUAUUAUAGGAAAAUAUAAAGAUAUCAUGACCAUUGGUGCAACUACUGGAAAGGGUUGUAGAUAACUUAUCCCCCAAACGUUGAUUUAUUCUCACUAGGUAUUCUUUUUUU